GUGUGGCUCCUGAGGUGUGAACGUUAGUGCAGAUGGCUUCUGGGUUUGGCCAGAGCCAAAGUGGACGACGGCGAGAUCCUCCAGAGUCAUAUCUCCUCAGGGGUCCGAGCCCCGUUCAUGAGCUUACUUCCAACAUCUGGGGGGGGCUAACAGAAAGGGGCACAAGGACCAAAGUGCUGCACUCGGGGUGGGUAAAUGAAUGAAAGUGGACCAGGUCAGAGCUUUAAAUGCUGAAAACUAGAUUUAUCUCCAAGGAGAUGGAUGAGCACGUUGCCAGGUUACAGCAGCUGUUGAGGUCUGAGCAGAUGAAGUGCUCCCGUCUGCAGCAGCGGUGCAGCCAUCAGGAGGCCAAGCUGAAGCAGCAGGAGAUGACCAGCAGCAAGCUGAGGCAGAAGCUGUCACAGCUGACUGACAGAAGAAAGGAGAAGGGGCUGUUCAUAGAGGUGCUGAACCUCCUACCUGGAAGAAGAGCCAAAGGAGAGCGCCCGAGCAGAUCCCUCAGUCAUAAUGCAAAACAAGAGGAGGCAGCUCUGCGUCUGAUGCUGGAGCGCCGAGAGGCAGAGCUGCGAGAGGCCAUGAAGCUACGUCACAGCCUCACCACCCUGCUGCACGCGCUGCGAGGCGACAUGGAGCAGUUCUUAGAGUCGACGGAUAUGGACCUCAGUGGACGGAGAAGACUGAAUGAAGCUGAAACGGCCCUGGGUGAACAUGUGACCGGAGGAGUCGUUCAGAGUUGGAGGACGGUGCAGAAGAAGCUCCAAGAUGCCCUUUCUGAAGGUCCACCUGCUGAGGGAACCGAUCACUACAAGCUUCUGGUUCAGCUUGAAACGGAGCUGGCAGAAAGUCAGCAGCUGGUCAGAUUCCAGCAACAACUUCUGCAAGACAGCGUGGCCUCGCCUCUUCCCUCUGAGCUGUCUGAUUCCUACUUUUUGGAGGAGUGGGAGCGUCUUCAAAUGUCCUGGGAAGAGUUUGACCGUCAGAGGAGGACUUUUGAGAAGGAGCGCCAGGCUUUCACUGAUGCUGCCAUCAGACUGAGUCGUGAGCGCUGUGACUUUGGUCGACAGAAGGCCUCUCUAGUGAAGCAGAUGUUUGUGUGCGACUCUCCUCUGUUUGGCCAACGAGCAUCCAGAAGAGAGAGCUCCAGUUUCAAUUACUCUGUUUUGGGGCCCAUUAACAUAUCCGGCUGUCUUCCUUUCACUCCAUCAUCCACGGAGUCUGGAAAUGCUGCUGUUCCUGAGGAAAGACUCCCCAGCACUCCUGAGCUGUACUCUGCCCUCGGUCUAUCGUACCACUACAGGUCCAGAGAGGUCGACCACAAAUCUGAGACCUGGAUCGAAGGCGUGGACCGGAGAGCGCACACGCCUUGGCCUUCCUACUUGGACUGGUCGUUGUAGUUCAACGCAAAUGAUGCGGAAAGCAGCUGUUCACUUUAUUUCCUCAUUUUUAACAUAAUAAAAUCAGAUUCUUUA